GUUUAAUUUUUAACCAACUCUUGAAAGAUCAGUACCAGUGAAAUGAAGUCGUGUGUUGCACUCGGUGUUUUAGCCUUGAUUUGUGGGAGCCAAGCAGCCAGUUCUGCACUGUUCCCGUCAAUUCUCACAGGCAGAGCAACUAUUACUCCAGCCGCUGAUGAUCCUAAAGCAGUAUGCGGUGCUGAUUAUGGAAAUAAAUGCCUGGAUUGCUACAAUAUGCUGACGUGUUUAGGUCCUAACUUGGAGCCAGCGCAGACAGCGUGUCCUGCAGAUAGAAAAUAUUGCGAUAGGACUAACAAAGUUUGUGUUGCGGAACAACCACCAGAAGCAGAUUGCUUGGAACCUCCCAAGUCAAAGUUCGCAUGCUCAUCACCCAAUGGAUUCUUCCCACAUCCCACAAACUGCAGCCAAUACUUUGAAUGCUACAACGGUGAGGCGAUCAACCUAGAAUGCCCACCUGGUUAUGUUUGGACAACAAAUGGAAUGGGAUGCAAACAGAGGAAGGUAACAGCUGAUUGUGGUACAAUCACCUGCAAAACUGGAGUUAUACAAGUGCCACUCUCAAACAAUGCCACCUACUACGGAAUAUGCAAUCAGCCAAGUAGUCUUGAAGGUAUUGUGGUGGUCAAGUGUAAAGGAAGGCUGACAUUUACCGGAGAAUCCUGCAACUUUGUCUGCACAACUGAGGGUAUGUUUGUUGAUGACGAAAAUCCCGCAUUUUAUUACGAAUGCUACAAAUCGGGCACAAAGACCCUUUGGGUAAGAACCCAAUGCAGUAACGGACGUCAUUUUAAUGAAGCUGAACAAUUAUGUAAAACUCCAGAAACACUAGUUACUGCCGAAGCUCCAGUUGCAAGAUCAGAUCUUGCAGUUUUCUAAGAAACAAAAAAUAAAUGAAGCCUUCGAACGCUUCAAAUAAUCUUCCGCCGCACGGAAAAUGCCCUUAAACUUAUCAAAGUGUGUAAACAAAAUGUUAUCAGACAAAUUAAAUUAGCUUCAUUUUAUUAGGA